AGGUGUGUGUAGUAAAAUAACAACAGAUCGGAAUAUACAGACCCUAGAAUAACUGUACGUGGAUCUUAUAAAAGAGUUUGUGGAUUAAGACACGCUUACAGGAUUCGAUACUUUGUGUAUCAUUAAGUUGUUUUUACAAUUUACUUGUUAAUUUUGUUUCACGAGAUCGCGUGUACCCAGUCAUCGUACGUCAUGCUUUGAGUCACAGAUUUGCGCCUAAGCAGGGUCAAUGCUAUUUUGAGUGAUCGAGCCACGUUUUGUUUACAUUCGAUCGCUGUAGUACUUCCACGGGUUUGUACAUGGCAUUUUCAAGAACGGGUUAAAUGUUUAAUCAUUGUGUUUAGACGGCUGUGGAUUUUACUGAAAGGAAGAAGAAAAUGGGGAAAGACCACGAUAUUAUCCAGGCUGUGAAAGAUCGGGAUUCGUAUGGACUUCAGAAAAUUCUCACCAAACUCGGAAAACAGUCUAAAAACAAACUUUUGGGUUCCAGUAAAAAAGGGGGCAUCAACUACCAAGACAGUGAUGGCAUGUCAGCUUUGCACCAGGCGGCUCUGGUCGGAAACCUGGACAUGAUGCAGUUGUUGCUGGAGAACGGGUCAUCAGUCAGUAUCCAGGACAACAAAGGAAUGCUGGCCCUUCACUACGCGGCAUGGCAGGGCAAAUCGGAGCCGGUACACAUGUUGUUACAAUGGCAGUCCCCUACCAACGAGCAGGCUAAAGAAGGCGAGUCACCACUACAUCUCGCCUGUCAACAUGGACACUUCGAUGUGGUGAACCUCCUACUGCUACACCACGCUAACCCUACCAUAGUUAACAAGGAAUGGAAGACUCCACUGGACUUGGCCUGCGAGUUUGGGCGCUACAGAGUCGUGGAUUUACUUCUCCGGAGCAAUCUGUGUGCUGGCCUUCUCGCUGAAUCACCGAACGAUAUGAUCGAUAACAAUCGUACCACCUGCAUCCAUCUUGCCGCCAAAAACGGCCAUAUUGAAAUCAUCAGGUUACUGCUGCAGGCAGGGGUCAACAUUAACCGGGCCACACUCCGUGGAACCUGUUUACAUGAGGCAGCACUGUGUGGAAAAACUGAAGUCGUCAAACUACUCCUUGAUUGUGGCGUAGAUGUAAACAAAUCCAACUCGUACGACCAAACAGCCCUGGACAUCGUGACGACCUACACCACAACACGUGCCGCUCGCGACCUCAAACAGCUUCUUAAAGAGGCCAGUUUUGCGGUUAAAGCACGAGCGGUGAAGGAUUACUGUGACCUUUACGACACCAAGUCCCUGGCAUUUCGGGAAGGGGACAUCAUCAAGGUCAUAGAACAAGGUGAAAAUGCGUGGAAGGGCGUGGUGAUCAGCGAUAAUCGGAGGAUGUCGAAACCGGGAUAUUUCCCGCCAGAAAAUGUUGUCCUCAUCGACAGUUCAGUCCAUACAUUGAAACGAGGCAGGCGAGCCCCUAGUCUUCCCAGCAUGCAGCAGGUUCCAGACCUCCUUAGUCGCAGUCCCGGAAAUUACCAUUACACAAACCACGAUGUCAACCACUACGGAAGCGUAGGGGCAGACGAUUCCUUCCCUCCACCCCCCUCACCCCUUCUGUCCUCACUAUCUCCCAACAAAGAUUGCCAUGGUUACAUUCACCAUCACCAUGACCACAACGGUGCCUUAUAUCUGACGGGCCAUCAUGUUCACCCUCAGACCCAUACUCAGUACAGCUCUGUACCCGACAGUCAUAAUGUAAAUGGUAGACCAUACGAUAAUCACAACCAUGUUGGCGAACACAACUUACAUAAUCACCAUGGCGACUGGGCGUCACCAACACCGUACUCCAUCGUUGGUGACCUGAGGACCGCUAGUCCAGCGAAGGGCAGUCCGACCAAUAGUAAUCGUAAUAGUGCAGCUAGUAGUGAUAGUGGGCGGGGAUACAGUACAGGACACUUAGAACCCAAGGUAACACAUAAUUAUGCGAAUGUACAGAUAAACAACCAACAUCGUCUGUCUGGUCAGAGUUACGAGUCGGGCGUAUCGUCACGUCAGAGCUACCACAGUACGUCAAGUUCCAGCGUCGGCAGUCUGGAUCGUCUUGAAGAGGGCGGCUACAGCAGCCAAGUCAACGUGGCGGAGCUCGUACACGCAGGCUUGCCGGAUCAUGAAGUCUUGCGCUGCUGGCUUCGAGAUCUGCGCUUUGAAGAUUACCAUGGCAACUUUUUGCAAGCGGGCUACGACAUGCCAACGAUAUCUCGUAUGACUCCAGAGGAUCUGACGGCUAUAGGAAUAACAAAACCGGGCCACAGAAAACGCCUCAAGGCCGAGAUUGCUCGCCUUAACAUUCAUGAUGGUAUCCCGGAUCAUAAACCAACGUCAGUUAUGGAAUGGUUACACCUGCUGAACCUGGAGCAGUACCACGCCACACUAGUAAACCAAGGCUACGAUAACGUGGACUAUGUCACCGACAUCACCUGGGAAGACCUGGAGGAGAUUGGCAUCCAGAAACUUGGUCACCAAAAGAAGAUCAUGCUGGCAAUAGAACGACUGAAGAGGAUUAUGUCGGGUUCAAAACGUCUCUCCACCAUGGACAACAACAAACGUUCAUCCGGCGAGGCGCUGGAACCACCGGCCAAUAAUAACACACGAUGGUCAGCUGGCGAGGUCAUGUCGUCAUCGUAUAAUGGUCAAGACAUGGCCGGAGGCAUGCCCUACAAACCACGCCGAUCGUCUUCAAGUGAGAACUCUAAUAACGCUAACAUAGACUUCUCGUCGGCUACAUCGUCGCCAUUCAGGAACCGACACAGCAGUGAAAGUAGCAUCGAUUCCUGCUUCCUUCCUCCGAGUCCUAGUGGCAGCUCAACGUCAUCGUACCAGCCAGACGUCGUGGCCAUACAGGUCAAACGGUCAACAUCUCAGUCGGGUCCGGCACCGUACCAAAAGGAGUCUCGGGACAUGAGUGGUCAGACAAUCACUUAUCAGUCGUUCCAGGUUCCAGCUACAGGGCAGCGUUUGUCUGAUAGCAUGGACCGUGAGACUACGCCGACGGGUGACGACGUCAUGUACAUAGUACAAGGAUCGCCCAAGACAUCGCUUCCCGUGGCAACGGUUGUUCCUAAAGCAGCCAUUAAACCGAAGCCAGUUGCUAAAAUUAUCGCAAAGACAAAGCGUACUAGUCGCGAGUGUUCGCCAGACAUCAUAGACAUUGAAAAGCAUGAGAUUGAGAAAAACCAAGAUGUGUGUCACAGUCCAUCACAUAAUGGCGGACAUCGUAAGUCGGAUCAUAUUUACGAUCAGCCCCAGAUACACAGUUCAAUGUCUCCGUGUCACAAAAAGAUUGAACUGCAGGAAAUACCUGGUUCACCAAAGACACCGGUUCAUAAAAUCAACAAAAAUGGUGCUGUGACUGAGCCUAUAUUUGUCUCCACACAACAGGAAGUGACAUCACAGCCACAGAACUCUCCUCAACAGGGGUCACCUAGUGGUAAAAGUAGGAAAGUUCCACCUCCUCCUCCUCCAAAACGGACUAAUUCCAUCACACAACGAUCUGACCUUGGGGGAAAAGAGCCAAGGUCACCGCACUUUGCUGGAAGCAUACCUAAGUCUGCAGUACAGGGGCAACCAGUUGUUAAUAAACCAGAGCAAAGUUCACAUGUAAAGGAGCAGGCAUUUGCAAAUUGUGUUCAGAGUCUUUCACAGAGAUUUGGAAGAAAACGUGAGGAAUCGUGCAAUUCUGAUGAGGUGGGGAGUUCUGAUGGGGAGGAGUUUCCCCCACCCCCACCUCCUGUUGCUAUGGAUAUUAUCACACCCAAGCUGCACAAUUACGGAAUUCCUAGUAAGGAGGAGAAGAGCAGUAUGGGUAGUGAGUAUCGACAUCAGGGCAAAGUCAAAGUGGAACAUGGUAUGUCUCCGGGUACGGUUGUGAGUAGUACCCAUAGCCCUGCCAAGACUGUAUCUGCUAGCGAGGAUACGAAUGAAGGAAAUGUAGAAAGUACGUUUGGUGUGAAAUUACGAACACAACCCACGGUGUCGGUGACGGCCCAGGGCACACCGCCCCCAACUCCUCCCCCUAAGUCACAUGGUGUAGUUCAGGGCGUGGCUCAGUCUGUGUCUCGUACAAACCCCAUUGUGUCUCAUCCAAAACCGUCACCGCCACCGAAAGUGUCGUCUGUGAAUGGAGGUCACUCUCCACAUCCGAUCCGUAGUGUUCACAGUGAGAUAGGAAGUGCUAGGGACAAGAGAAAAGACUCUAAUCCUAGCCUGGACCUGAAUACCUCCACAUCUAGUGUCGACUCAAACACUUUGCCGUUCGCUAAUGAAAAUGUUGGGACAAUUAAACAACGCACACCUACUACCAAACCCUCUGUUGUGCUCAUUUCUGAGGAGUUUGGUCAAGGAAAUUCUCAUGUGUUCCAACAUCUGUCUGGCGGCACUAACACGGUUUCUGCUACACAACAUCCUGUCACAUCCCACAGGGAAUUGAAGAAACCAGCGGUGCCCAAGAAACCGGGGGUAUCCAUGGUGAUGACUUCAGGACAUACUACAACAAAACCUGCUGGCGGCGACGUCUUGAACGACAUAGACAACAUGUUACAGGGCUUGACCGAUGAACUGGAUGCCAUGCUGGAGGAGGAGAUGAACCUAGAGUGACCAAUCGGCCAGUAGAGAUGACCAACUUCUCCUACACUUCUGUUCUACGGCCAAUAGUCCACAUCUAGCUGGAGAACUUUAUGUGGCGUAGAGGAUGAACUCCAAUGUCUUUAGGUUGAUAUCUGGGUUACAGAAUGGAUAUUUCAUCAGAGCAUCAUCGUUAUCAUUUCUACGUUGGGAGCAGAUUUGAUCAGACAGGAAUAUUGUGGAAUUUAACAUGUGAAAAAAAAAAUCUGUUUGGAAACAAAUAUCCAUCAAACCCCAUUUACUUACAGUCUCAAAAAUGUCAGUCUGAUAAUUAGGAAUAACAUCAUUCUGUACAUGGAAAAAAGGUAACAUCAACUGUCUUAACAUAAUUGACAAUCAAAAUAUCAAGGAUAGGGAUUUGAUUGGAUGAUGCAUAUUGAACAUUGAUUGGUUACAGAAAAAUCAAAGGAAGCAUUUGAUUGGUCAGACGAUCAGGAGUAGGCAUUUGAUUGAAUGAUAAUGUUUGAAACACAAUCCAGGGUACCUCAUCAACAUCAACGAUUGCUGAUUUAAGGUGCUUCAAAGAUCAAAUGUCUUUUUUUUCUAAAUUCCUGAUUUUAAAUUUAAAAAUCAUAGGUGUGCAAAAAGCUGUACAUUUCAUGUAGGAAAUUUUUUUUAAAUUUUAUGUAGCUAGUAAUUAAGAAUAAUUAAUUUUUGAUAAAAAUUAGUAUACUGACAUUUGAGAUCAUGAUACGGGCAAAAGCAACAUACAUAUUUAACAUCAAGUCGAUAAACCUUCAGGAAUGUGUUCAAGGAAUUUUAAAGAUGUCAGUCUAAUUUGUGUAGUUGUUUAUCUUGGAAAUUUGUCCAGAAACUGUUCUUGCCAGUUUGGUUUGCUCUGUGAAUUGUUUGAUGUGAUAUAUGAAAUAUUUUAUCAGUAUUUAUUGUAGUUCUUUGUCUCUCUGUGAAUCGAGACAUGCCGAAGCUUUAACGGGGACAUUAUGUAAACACAAACACUUGUAUGUCGUCAGACAGUUCCCCUUGUAUGUUUCACUUCUCCUAGAACUUACACUGCCUUGUGAAAAUUAUGUGUAGCUUAUUUCUCUCUGAUGUGUUCUGAUUAUAAUGUUAUUUCCCCAUUUUCAAAAUUAUUUUACAACUAUUCUCUGCGGUGUGAAAUGUGGUAUCUGUUUCAUCUUGUGUAGAAGGGAAUCUUUUUCCAUCAUUUCAAAUAUAUCUUAAAACAAAUACAUUUUUAAAUGAAUUCAUAUUUUCUAAAUUUUUAGGAAUCUUCAAUUUAAUUUUUUUUUUAGUCUUCAAAGAAAUUAUUUCGAAAUCUGGUAUAAGGUAUUGCUUCGCAUGUAAUGCUUUUUGACAUUCCCUACUGGUCAAUGGGAGACAACUCUCGAUCAAAAUGAAAUCCUUCUCAUCAAAGGAUGAUAAUGCAUAUGGCAGGAACUGAAUUUCAUUAAAAUAUUUUUUUUUUAAAUCAGUAAGAUUCUGAAUAAAUUUGAAAAUACCUUCUUGUUUAACUUUCGAUAUUUAUUUAUUAAACAAGAUUGUUGCAACAAAUACAUUUCAGAACAUACCACAGUUUAAGAAAUAACUAAAGUUGUUCUUCAGAUAUUUCUUCUUUCUUUUCUGAAGUGCUUCAAUUUUGAGUAAUUUUCGGAUAUGCCUUUGUCUCAGUAAUUUAAUCUGUUACAAAAAUGUUGCUUUACUUGCAUACAAAAGAAUCUAGAUAUUUUUCAUUUUGCAAAAAAAAUUUUUUUCUUCUUUACAUUUAUAUAGCUUUUCAUAAUAUUACUGGCCUAUGUAUUGUAGGUUGUGCGAGUCGGUACCAGCGCUAUACUUUCUCACUGCCUUUAAUUCAGCAGUGAUGCAAGUACAAUGCAUAUUUGUAUUUUAAAAUAAUUUUUAAAAUGCAUGAUUAUAUUUCUUCUUUAUAUACAUGUAUACUUAAAUUUGUAUUUGUGAAUGUUACCUUUCAAAGGAAUUUCGCUGUUGAAUAUUCACAACUUCAGUUUUAUUUAAAAUGUGGUAAAACUCUUUAAACUCUCAUUGAAUGUUCAUCACUUAUAUGUACUUCUAUAGCCUUUUGUAGGAUGUAUAUAUUGUGGAUAGUGUAUGUGAUCAUAUAUGAUUGGAUGUCUCAUUAAAAUUUGUCGCUGAAAUCAAUGCAUUAAGAAUGAUAACGUGAUGUUCGCUGAAUCUCCAAAAUUAUACAUUAUGUGGAUCAAUAUUAGUAUAUAAUACAUAUACUACGAGAUUUCUUGAAAACAGGAACAAAAGCUGUGUGCAAAAAUUUCAUAGAACUGUUUUGUGCGAGUUUAUUUUUCCCAUAAUGUUAAAUUGUGAAAGUUUCUGUACUUCGGAUACAUUUUUUUUUUUAAAACUAAAGAGUGCUCAUAACUUUGUUCUAGUCUGAAUUUGUGCUUCAGAAUUAAAGACUUCAGGACUACGGGGAAAUGCCCGAGUGUUCAGUAAUUAAAUGUCAACUAUUUACGAAAUUUAUUGAACCAGGCUUAGUAGUGUAGUUGUGCCUGGCGAUUUAGUUGUAGGAUUUUGUGUAAACCGAGGAUAAUUAAUCGUGUGUGAAUUUAAGUUAUUUGGCAAUACCUUAGGAAUAAUAAUGUUAUAUUUGUAGUUUGUUGUUAGAAAUCGUUUUUAACAACUUAUCGAAGUAAUGUUACCAUAUCUUACCAAUGAUGUACCUAUAUCCAAUCAUAAACCCAUGUAAUUCCGAUUUUAAAUAUGUGCAUCUCCGCUUUCGGUCCAUUGGUUGCAGACCUCACUUUCAUUUUGUAGUGUUGCCCUGAUCCCAUCCCAUCCCAUCCCAUCCCAUCCCAAGGCCUGUCAUUAGUAAAAUAUGGUAACAGAGUUAAAUUAUUUAAAUAAAAAAAAUCAAUUAAGGUUGUGUUGAAAAAUGUGAGUGUUGUUGAUCAUAAGCAUGGCGAAAUCAAAAUCAUGGUUGUGUAAUUGCUACGUAAAUAAUGAAAUAAGUCCACCAUUAAAAUGUAGGUAUAUAUGUAUAUAUAUAUAACAGUUUAUACCCCAAUAAACAACUUUAAUGUAAUGAUAUCGUUCUAAUUAAAAUUUAGUUCCAUAACAGCCAAGACUAUUUCUGCAUAACAGACCAAUAUCGAUGAACGAAGUAUGGUUGAAAAUUUAAAAGGUGACAAAUUUAAACAGCUUUAUAUUUUAGAUUUCUUUAAAUGAUUAUUUCAUGAGGAGAAAUGUUUUUUAUGGAAGAUAUGGAAAUACCGAAACAUUACAGACAUUUUAUACAAGUUUAAAUAUGGGAUGUAAUUUUUAUGGUAAGAGGAAGGGAGACAACUCAAUUUCUCAGUUGUGAAAUAUAUACAGUACAUUACUGGUAGGUUAUCCAUUUAAUGAAUAGUUGACUAUCAUACAUCUGAAUUCUAAAGUGCCUCAAUCCUACAAAUGACUAGCUUUCUUCAGGGAACGUGUCAGUUUGUGAAAUUGACACUUAAAUUAAUUUUAAAACCCGUUAGAUGUAUUAUAGAAGUAAAUAGAGAAGACUUUUUUUCUUUCUUAAUUAAUCAUGAAUAUUUAAAAUGAAUGUUCGAAACAUACACACUUAUUUGUGAAUAGUUUGUUUACCCGUUUAACCAUCUCGUGACCAUGUGCCAAGUUUUUGAAUAUUCUGUUACAAUAUUUAUUUUAAGAAUGUCCAUAAGUGUGUGUAAAUGUACGUGUGAUUGUUACAACUCAUUUUUGUUAUUGUUAAAGUUUAGUUAAGAGAGUUGUGGUAUCUGGAUACAUAUUAUAAAUACCUUUUUACAUCAUUAUAGAAAGAGAUCACCUCAUCAACAGGUAACUUUUGUCCUUAAUUAUCAUUGAUCAAUUAGAGCCUUUGGGCACCGUUUAUUAAUUAUGAUACUUAAUUGUACCAGCUGUAGCGGACACUCUACCAGGCAGAUGAACUAUGCCAAAGUCAUCAUACUCAACAUGUGUACACACAAAUGCUGAAAUAAAUCAAAUUUCAGAACGACA